AUGGCCCUCCUUACCUUGGUGCUGGUGCUCGCCGCCACUUUUGUUGCCUACCGCUACUACUUCCACCCUCUCCGCCGCAUCCCCGGCCCACUGCUGGCCAAGUUCACGGAUGCUCAGCGCUUCUUCGACACGGCGGGCGGCCGGGCUGAGCUCACGCACCGGCUGCUCCACGCCAAAUAUGGGCCCGUCGUCAGAGUCGGACCCAACACUGUCAGCUUGAGCGAUCCAGAAUGCAUCAAGCUCAUCUAUUCCAACAAGGCAAACUUCCCCAAGAGCGACUUCUACGCCGGGAACGACGUGAUGCAGGGCGACCAGCGCGUCUGCACCCUCUUCGGCACUCGUGACAAUGCCUUACACCAGAAGCUGCGCGCGCCGGUGCAGAAAUACUACAAGGUCUCGACGCUGCUGAAGCUGGAGCACCGCGUCGACGGCGUCAUCAGGGACUUCUGUGCGAAGCUGGAAGAGCGCUUCUUGCAGAAGGGCAAGUCGUGUGAUAUCGCCGAGUGGUUCCUCUUUUAUGCCUGGGAUGCCAUCUCCGACGUCACUUUCAGCAAGCCGAUCAAGGAAGGCUUCUUGAACAAGGGCGGUGAUAUCGACGACCUACUUUCCACCGCCGAGAAAGCCCUCGACUACUUCGCCGCUGUCGGCCAAAUCCCCAUCCUCGACGAGCUCCUCGACAAGAACCCGGUUCACCGCGUGGGGCCGCCCUCCUUCCAAGCCGCCGCCGACUUCUGCGUCAAGAAGCUGGUCGCGCGCACGACGGGCGCCGAGACCAACGACACGGCCAACCAGGACUACCUCGACCACUUCCUCGCCAUCAAGGCCGCGUCGAGUCCGGACGACAACAUCACCGACGGCACCGUCGUCGGCUGGAUGCUGCUCAACAUCCUCGCUGGCGCAGACACCACCGCUACCACCCUCGCCGCCGUCAUGUAUUACCUGCUGCGGAACCCGCGCGCGCUGGCAAGGUUGCGGGCCGAGUUGGAUGCGGCGCAGGUGCCGGACGGGGGUGUGUGGCGCUACGAGGAUGCGGUGCGGUUGGAGUACCUGGAUGCGGUGGUUAAGGAGGCGCUGAGGGUGCAUCCGGGCGUGGGGCUGCUGCUCGAGCGCGUCGUGCCGGAUGGCGGGCUCGCGCUGCCGGAUGGCGCGGCGUUUCUGCCGGCUGGUACUAUUGUGGGGAUGAAUGCGUGGGUCGUGAAUAACGACAAGGGGGUUUUCGGGCCCGAUGCGGAGAGCUUCGUGCCGGAGAGGUGGUUGCGGGCUGAAGGCGAGGCGGAGGGGGCGUAUGAGGAGCGGGUGAAGCGGAUGAAGGAUGUUAUGCUCAGCUUUGGGGCGGGGAGGCGGGUGUGUUUGGGGAGGGAGUUGAGCUUAUUUGAGAUUUAUAAGGUUGUGCCGACGGUGUUGGGGAGGUUUGAUUUUGAUUUGGUUGACCCGAAGAAGGAGUGGGAGUUGACAAACUCGUGGUUCGUGAGGGUGAAGGGAGUGGAUGUGAAAAUCAACCCCAGGGUGGUUCCGAAUUAA